AUGAGGUCAAGCACGACAAGCAUCGUCCAAGACCUGAUGGCGAGGAACCCUGGAGAACUUGAAGCCCCACCCGUGGUGACAAGGUCCAGCACAUCAGACAGGGGAAGAGAGAAGGAAAAGCCCCAGAUGGCGGCGCAACAUGCCGCUGGAACCUGCCUGCCUUGCAUUUUCUUCAUGAAGGUCCCGCCUUGCUGCAAAUUUGGCGAUGAGUGCACCCAUUGCCAUCUUUGCACUGUGGACGAAGCGAGAAAACGACGAAAUCGCAUCUCCUACGAAAAACGGAAGGUCAACAGGAAGCUUGCGCAUCAGUUGUGA